AUGGAUAGUGGGAGAAGGCACCAUCAGUCUGGGGGCUUGGAGGCUGGGAAACGUCACUCGGUGACCUCUAGAGACCCUGCCUGGAGGAGGAGCGCAGCAGGGGACAGGGGUAUUGGAGCCAGCACCGACUGUAGGCCUGCACAUCCAGCCCAGGGCCUACAGUCGCGCCCGGCACUCCCACGGCGCGCUCGCGGCUCUCAGCGCAAGGUCCGCGCUAGGGCUUCGUGCUCGGGCCGGCGCAGCGGGCUCCCGGCGGGGAGCGCCGGCCCGAGGCGGGACCGUAGCCCAGCGCACCCUCGCCGCCGCGGGGCAGCGACUCGACCCUGCCCGGGCGGCCGCCGUGGGGGCCCCGCGCCGAGCCCCGCCCCGCCGCGAGGAGGAGGAGCCGCCGCCGGCCGGGAGCGUGCGGCUCCGCUCGGCGCUGCGGGAGGAAGCGGCGCUCCCUCCUCCUUCUCCUCCUCCGCCGUCGCCGUCGCCACCCCGGCGGGGCUCCCGCCAGCGGCCGCCCCCGCCGCCCGAGGAGCUAUGGGCUCGGCGGCCGAGCUGCUGCCGCCGCCCGGGGACUGCGAGCGGGAGGCGGGGGCGGCGCCCGUCCGGCACCGGCGGAGCCCGGAGGAGCAGGUCCAGCAAGAACAAAGAAACCACGCCACGGAACCUGUAAUAGACGAUUAUAAAAAGAUGGGGACUCUCUUUGGCGGUCUGAACAAAAGUCUUAUCAGAAUAGGCUUCACAAGGAUGUAUUUUGGAGAACGGAUAGUAGAACCUGUAAUAAUUAUAUUCUUCUGGGUUAUGCUCUGUUUUGUCGGCUUACAAGCUCUUGGACUGGUUGCUAUUCUGUGCCUUGUCAUUAUUUAUGUACAACAGUAACAUUUUAUAGGUGGCCAUUGCUGGAUUCUGUAUUUUAACACUGUCAAUCCACUGUCUCAGUGGAUAUAUAUGUUUAAGUAAAUGGGUGGCAUAUCAAAAGUUGCAAUGUUUCAAAUUGUUUUUUUGCUGAACUUUCAAGAUUUGGUUUGAAGGGGACUGAAAUUAUGAAUUUUAAGCAAAGUCAGUAGUCCUACUAUGUCUUGACAGGGCGCGCACACACACACACACACACACACACACACACACACACACACAAAAAAAAGGAAGGAAGAUGAAAAAUGCUCAUCACAUAACUGUACCCAAAGUGAUAUUCCCUUUUCUACACUGUUGGCACCUUAGUCCCCUGAUUGGCUUUUUAUUUCUGCUACUCUCCCCCUUCCUGCAAUUUUCUUGCUUUGCAUAGUGAAAAUUUCCUGUCUGAUUUGAAAAGGACACUUGAUGUGAGUGUCCUGUUUCAUCGUUGGGGGACUGUGUGCUGUUUGUUCUCUGAGUCUGCAUAAUUUCCUAGUUUAUUGCCAAAAAGCUAGAUUUACACAAGGGAGGUUUGCUAAGAAACCUUCAAUGAUAAAUGCUCUGAAGUGGAGACAACUUCCUCACGUAAAAGCAACUUUGCCUAGUACAGUUUAUAGCUCCUCCAGGAAGUAAGGAAUACAGAAAACUGCUUGUAUACUAAUGCUGGUGACUUUGCACAAGACUUCAGCUGUUGUUUAGGGCUAGGGAGGAAUCACAAUCGCAAACGGAAUAAUGUAGUUCUGCCUUGGUUUUGGAAAUGUACUUAGCUUCUGCUGCUCUAUUUUUUUCCUUGCUCUUCCCCACAUCCCUCCUCCUGAAGAUAAAUAUUUGGCUAAUCCAUGGACUUUGUAAGUAGUUAUAACUGCAGUCUUGGGAAUUUGCCAUUCCAGACAGUGCUGCUAGAGUACUGUCUGCUUCCUCUGGGGUCUUGUAUGAAGUGUCUGAACAACCAGAGAGAUAACAGACAGGAGCUGUUAACACUUUCCUCCUCUGCUGCACCGUGGACCAAAUGCAAACUAGAGGAUUUGCAUACAUAAGCAAAUCAGUCUUGUUUCCUCCUGCAAGACAAGAAUGUAGUGAAAUCAAGUGGUCAUUUUACUUACUAGCCUUAAUUGACUUAUUUCCAAAAUAGGCAGCAAAAUGCCUAUCAGUAGAUGGAUGUCAUGGGCAAUGCAAACUUGAGAUCAGGACUGAAGAAUAGGUGCAAGAUUCUCUCUGGCUCCCUAAGAGCCACACCAAGGACAUACUGAAUAUUUCAGAGUUGGAUGUGCUCAUUUAAUGGAAAAUAGUAAAACGAGAUGGAAUCUUUUCUAAAUAGGCUACAAAUCUAUUAUUUGCUGUAUAUUACUUUUAGUAAUAAAUUUGACUACAUAUUUGACUUCAUCUCUGGCAGAAUGAAAUUCUACAUUUACUUAGAGAUGAAAUAUAAAAUGUAAAAUUUACAAGAAACUAUGUAAGCUUUUGCAAUGAUUUUUUUUUCCUAAACUUUUUUUUAUAUUAGCAGCAGUCAACAACAGAUAGCUUAUAGUCGAAAAUGCUGAGUCUUAUCCAAAGACCUUUGAAGCUAAGUGUAGUCCCUUUGUGGUUCCUGUGUCACAACUGGAUUUGCAGAGCAGAUUUUAUGCCAGUGACAUGGAUCAUGUUGCUUGCUGGGCUGUAUUUCCACAGCCCUUGACCCCAGUCCUUACAGACUUUUCUAUUACAGAACUGACAGCUGUUUAGUAGUGCAGUGAACACAAAGGCUUAGCUCAGGCACCUCUAACCUGUGGGCCACGUGCAUACUGUGGCCCACUCCCUUUCACCACCCCAGAAUAGUCUUAAUUUUUCUAACAAGUAGUUCUGUUGUGGGGAGCUCCUGUCCAAAUGUUCAGAUGACCUUGGCUGUGGGAGGCUGUGGUGAACCAGUAGGACAGAAUGGGUGUGAGAUGGAGGCCUAGGGUGUGUUUGAAUGGCAACCUGUGUCGACUGGCACCUGGUUCAAUAGUCACACUGGUGGCAGGGAAGUGUUUGGCAACAGGAGGUGUACCUUCAUACACGGUUUUGUUACUCACAGCUGGAACUCCAAAAGCAAACAGCAAGCACAUGCUGGUGGCAGGAAGCUCUGUACUCAAGUGCCUAUUGUAAACUUUGUCUUUUGUUUCAAUCCCUUGGAAAGCAGAACACCUGUUUACACUGUUGCAUAUUUAUAUAGCUAUACUGGUGGGUUUGCGUGUAUUCUUCUCCUCUAUAAGGGCUGUAUUACAAAAGCAUCUUGUCAUUUAAAAAAAAAAUUCCUUUCUUCCCACAAUCAAAUUAUUGUUCAGAGAAACUCAUCCAAUUCCUUUUGUCUUGUGGGGAAAAGCGUCGGUGUGAUAUCCUCAUUGCAGUAGUACUUGUGUGAAGACUGUAUUGUAACACAGCAUGUAGUGUUCUUGACAUGGUGAUUUUGGUCUGUGUGUUAGGAACCGGGAACAAUGAAUCGAGGGUGUGACUGACAAACUAAGGAAGCUGUUUAUAUGCAUGUAACCUUUUAUUAUGUGUAUAAUAUGACUGUUUCAUUCAUGAAGUCACUUAAGUUUUUCUUUUGAUGUUCAUGUCUCUAUACUUGUAAUGUACAGUAAGGUGACUUUUGGACUAAGGUUGUGUAUGGUGAAUGUUUGAUACUGUUUCUCUUAAGGAUGACUACUUACAUCUUGUCCUUCAUACAUCUUCUAAAAUAUUUUAAAACCCAAAAGAAUAUCUCUGUUAAUGGAGUUGACUGAAAGCAAGGGGGGAGAAACAGUUCUGUCUGGAAAAUACUCCCUCACUUUCGCUCUUUCAGUAUCAUACAUUCCAUUGUAUAUAAGAAUUGACACAGUUGUUCAUUAGUUGUUCAUUUGUUGCGUGUUUGGUUUUUUUUUUAUGAUUGCUAAAUAAUCUCUGUGCCGUUUGCAGGAAAGGAAAGAGUACAUAAGGAAUAAAGGACUGAGAUAUAAUCAGAUCCAGAGAGUGGAAAAUGGAACACAGUGAAAUAAUGCUUAUAUGCAGGCAUGUCCAACCCAUGUCCAGCAUACGGCCAGGCCCAGCCUGUCCUGUGGCUGCCCCUGCUCCACCAUCACGGUGGUGGCUCUGCCCUGCUGAGCAGCCUAGCCUGGGCCCAGGCACACACCCAUUGCUCAGCAACAGCCAAACAUUGCUGUGUGAUUGGCACUGUCUGGGCUGAAACCAGCUGGGGGAGGGCACAGUGCAGUGCUGACUCAAGUGAUGGCAAAUAAGUUUAUGCAUUGUUGAUGCACUGGCUAAACACAGUCCUGUGAAGAAUGAAAGAUAUGUUGCUGUGCUUUCUGUUGUGAUAAAGGAAUCUGAGGUAUUGAGUUGCAAUCAGAUACUCAACUCAAAAAUCUGAUCAUGUCUCUUUACCAGACUUAUGUAUGUUUGAGAAAAAUAUCCCUCGCUUCACUGUCACGCCUUAUUCGUGUCAUCACUUUUGGCAGUAUGUACAUUUGUGAACAACUUUUCAAGAAUGAAGCACGAGAAGAGUAAAAUUUCAUCAAAAAUAUCUGAUGAACACCCUGAGAGCUCACUAUGAAUUGCAGCCACUUCCAUCAAACCAGCCUGAUGUGUUAGUUUCACAAAAACAGGGUCAAAUUCCCACUCACUUUAUGAUUUUGUUGCUCUCUUUUUUUGUGUUUUAAUAAAAAAAAAAUAGUUUGAAGUUUAGUUACAAAUAUUAACUAUAUUAUAUAUUUUUUAUGUGGCCCACCACAAUUCUUCUUCACUCAGCGUGGCUCAGGCAAGCCAAAAGGUUGUAUGUAUGAAUUAAAAGUGCUAAAAUAAAUCUGUGAAUUUGUGCCAAGAAGAGGGGGAAAUAGGUAAACAGUCCUUGCGUUGUGUUCUUCCUUCCAUCCAAAUUUAGUUCUAAGGCAUCAGGAGCACCAGGCGUUCCUGGUAUAUUCCUCUAGUUAAAAAUUCCUAUUUCUAAUUUUCCUAGUUUUCUAUUUUUAAUUUUCCUAAUUUCUAUUCCUCUAGUUAAAAAUUGGAAGGUUAAUUUAGUUCAAGAAAAAAAAAGACAAUAUUGGUUUUGUCUAUAUAGUUAAAAUGAAUAGUGUUGCUAUAUGUGAUUGUUAUAACUGAAAGCACCUUGAUGCAUCUGUGCGUAGGACUGCAUGAAGGAAAGACGUCCCCUCGGUCUGCAAUAAACAACCUGAUGUCAUUCCUGUUGGUCAGUGUGACACAUAAAAAGCUCUUACAUAACCUCUGUUUUUUAAAAGAUGGGCUCCUUGUUACUGUUUCACACCUGCCCAGUGCCUGAAUGUCUGAACUACUGUGUACAGAGAAGAAAUGCUACAGAAGGGAGAGUGCUGGAGAACUCUGCACUGAAAAAUCAUCACAUUGAAACUGUCUUUUAAAAAGCAAAAAUCACGUUUCUUAACAACUCUGUAUUAAGUGAAUCCUGUGGAAAGCACUUUGUUAUUCUUUGUAAUAAAAAUGUAUUGUCAUCAACGA